AUGGCUAACAGGAUACUGGGGUUCAAGUCUACAAGGGCUACUAGUCCGCAAGCAGUACCUCCGGAUAGCCCACUUCAUGCACGAUAUCUACCUCGAAUUUUCGAGGAAGAAUCGCUUGUGCCAAUCAGAAUCAGCCGUCUAUCGAAAAAGUCAUAUGAGGUUGACACAGGAACUCCGCCGUCCAAAAACUUCAAAGCUCCCUCGUUCGAAACUUCUCAAAUAUUCUCACACCGUUGGAUCCUCUUACCACCAGAAGAACUUGCGAACGCCCAUACGCACCCGUACUCUCUCGACACCCAAACACCAUCGUCACAAACUCCCUAUCAUCCUUUUCAGACAUUGACUCUAUCGGACGCUACAUAUAAACACAACAGAGCUCAAAUUGCUACGAUGCCUUAUAACAAUACCGCUAUCCCUCCUCCAGAAGAGAUUACUGGAGUAGCGUCUCUCCCAUUGGCUCGUGUCAAGAAGAUUCUUCACAUAGAUGAAGAGAUCAUUGCGUGUUCAAACAAUGGAGCUUUUGCGAUCACUAUAGCCACGGAAAUGUUCAUACGCUAUCUUGCGGAGCAAGCAUUGAACGUGGUCAAGUCUGAGAAGAAGCCUAGACGCAAUAUACAAUACAAGGAUAUGGCAAACGCUGUUGCUCGAAUGGACUGCCUUCAAUUUCUUGAAGACGUAAUACCCCGGACCUCGACUUUCAGAGAGUACAAGGCAAAGAAAGCUAGCAAGGCAACUAAAGGAAACCAGCCUUUACAAAAUGGACAGACUACAUUGGAUGCAGGACGAUCACUGCCGCAACGGCCAAUUGGAACGAAUGAGCAGAAUGGAGCCCCAGUGGACGACGGUAAAAUGUCGGAUGGUACCAUUAGUGAGGCAGACCCUGAGGAAACCCGUGCCCCAGCGCCAAACACAAAUGGUGGACUCGUCUUUGAGCACUACGAGCCCAAUGGUUCUCAUCGGCGGGACGAGUCUGGAGAUGUUGAGAUGGGUUGA